AUGAAGGACGCCACUCAACAGACCGAGAAAGUAUUGCCCAAGGUCGACAACAAGGAGCGUCUUUUUGAAUUUGGCCCCAAUCGACGACAGGGUGUUUGGACGGAGAGUGGACAAUCGCAAAGUAAUGUAGUUCCUGUAUUGGAACGGUGUAAGGAGACGGCACUCAAUGACGAAGCUGGAGAUUGCACAGAUGGAGUGGAGUCACGAGAAGCCCCUACGGUUAAUUUUUGCUCCCAGUGCAUGGAAGACCGAAGGAUGAAAAAGAAGAAGUCGUUCCAGGCGCGCCACCUGACAUUACAGCAUUACCCGCGACUACAGUUGCUAAUAAAGCUGGGCUUGGCUCUGGUGAAGCACGACCUGCUUCCCAAGAUCGUCCCAGGCGACCCAUUCCUCAGUCAAAGUCCCGGGAUUCCCCCACAGGCGGAAAACAAGAUCGCAGCAUGGCCAAAUACGGUAGUUCCAGCACAAAACAAUAUGCGAAACGACCAACAAGAAUGCAAAGGUGAUGACGUCCGCGCAUCUCAUCUAGGUGGUCGUGGCCGUGAGUUCGAUUGGGACGACGAGCCUGCGCCCCAGUAUGGCGCUUACCGACGAAGACGAAACAAUGGUAACAAGAAUGGCAAUCAGAACCAGGACGAUAAUCAUGAUCAACGUCGUAGAGAUUGUGACAAUGACGAUUAUCGCCGCAUGCAGCGUCAUCAGUCAAAUACAAUGGCUUCACCAGUCACUGUCAGACGAUCGCCAGAGUACGAAAUUCCAGAGCAGCUUGAGGACAACAGCAUAAAUUGGGCAACACCUUUGUGCCUUCUUUGGCAAGUAGUCAAGGCAAACUGGUCUAUGGGGUUUAAUACUUAA